AUGGAGGACCGGAAAAGAAACGGAAAACAUCAAUUGACAAGUGGAAAUGACGGUAAGGGGGAUAAUUUCGGACAGAUAUUGCUUCUUUGUUUUCCCCUGUCGUUCACGUCUGGCUCCCUGACUUCGGGCGGAGGUAGUAGCGAGAAGGGAGUUGGGUGGAAGAAGAGGAAGAAGAAGAAGAACGACGAAAAGAAGACAAUGGAGACAGAUGAAGAAGAAGAGGAGGAAUGGGCAGCACAGGAGGAACCACCCCGUGACUGGGACAGCGCAAGUCUGGGUCGAGGACAGCAAGUGGUGAGGUCAACAGGUUCGACGGCAGGCCGGUCAGAUCCUCUCGCUUGCAGUGUGUUUAUUUUGACCCACGGGUAUCGCUCGGGAAGAGUCGAUGAAGGCUCUGCAUCAAAGAGGGCUAAUGGGGAAAUGGGGGGGUUUGAGGAAUAUAGAUAUGAUCGCGUGUUGAUCAACCCGGUGGGGGCUGGCUUUUGGGUGCAUUUGGGGUUUACCUCGUCUCUUUUCUCCUGCAAAUUCGGUUUUGUGCUGCCAAUCUCGUUACCGAUCCCGUACCGCGCUAAAGGGGGCUGUCGGAAUCCCACAUCGCGACCGUCACUCGCACUAGCCGGCCUCCGACUAUCCAUUAUCCACGGACGGACCAGCGCGGGGUAUCGGAUGAAGCUACCAGUCAAAAUAUGCUUGAGGCAUUUGUCGGAAAGCUGCCGGAUCUUCCACGGACUUUUGUUCCCCGCACCUGUAUUAUUCUUAAGUUGCGUUCUCUGCAAUCUGAAGAGUGAACUUGAAUGUAGAUAUGUUUAA